AUGACUCAUUUCGUUGGUGUUGAUUUUAAUUCAUUAUAUCCUUCAUCAUUUUCAUCUAAUCCUCAUGAUUUCAUUCAAUAUACUGACCAUAAAAUGUAUAUGCCGGGAAGAUUGAAUGGUGUUAUCAUUUGUGAUACAGCAACAAAGAAAGCAAAAGCACUGGGAAUAAUUAAGAAGAAAAAUACUUUAUUCGUGGCUGAAGUAAAGGGUCACAUUGAUGAAAAAUACAUUAAUGAUUACAUAAACUUUUUACCGAUAAUAAGAAACUUAGAUAUUAUCACAGAUGAAAAAACAAUUGGCAGUUUUAUGUAUAAUUACAUGAAAUCAAACAAUCUACCAGUUGACCAGAAACAGAGGAAAUUAACUCAGUUAGCAUCAACACACAACCAAUAUCAACCAUUUUCUUCUUAUUAUCUUUGGUAUCUAAUAGACAGAUUUCAUUUUAUCAUCGAUGAUAUUCAAUCAAUUUUAACAUUUACUAAAAACACUUGUUUUAAUGAAUUUGCGAACAAAUUUAUGAACGAAAGACAAAAGGCUGAAUUAGAAGGAAAUAAAGGAAAAAGUUUAUUUUGCAAGAUUUCACUUAAUGGAUCAUAUGGUUACGAUGCAAUGAAUACACAAAAUUACGCAAAGACUAAAAUAAUGAAUGCACAGAAGGCACGCGUUGCAUGUAUGUCAAAUAAGUUUAAAAACAUAAGAGAAAUAGGUGAAGAUACAUAUCAAGUGAUGCUUAAAGAUAGAUUUUAUAGAUGUGAUACAUGUUUACAAGAGGCAUUCUUCACUUUAGAUAACGCAAAAUACUGGUAUUUGGUUUUCAUUUAUGAUUUUAUGUAUAAAUGCAUGGAUGUUAAUCGUUUUCAUUUCAUUGAAGGUGAUACUGAUUCAUCUUAUUGGGCAAUCGCUGGCGACCCAAAUCUUCCUAACACUCAAGCAUUUCAAGCAAUU